AUGUAAAAAUCCACAACCCUGGCAGAUUUCACAAUUCUUUAGAAAUUAGGAGAAGGUUCCUUUGGAUAAGUAUUCAGAGUUAAACGAGUGAGUGAUUAGUAAGAGUAUGCUAUGAAGAAGGUGAGAAUUAACAACUUAAAGUAAAAAGAGAGAGAGAAUGCUUUGAAUGAGAUCAGAAUUUUGGCUUCAAUAACUGAUGCCCAUAUCAUAGGAUAUAAAGAAGCAUUCUUCGAUGAAAUAUCAAAUUAAUUGUGUGUCAUAAUGGAAUUUGCAGCUGGAGGAGAUAUCUCAAAAUAAAUUUCCUCUUGCAUAAAGAAGUAGAAUCAAAUAGAAGAGAAGGAGAUUUGGAAAGCUUUGGCACACAUGACUUUAGGUUUGAGAGUGUUACACAAGUCUGGUAUUUUGCAUCGUGAUUUAAAGAGUGCUAACGUCUUUAAAUCUAACGAUGGAUAAUACAAGAUAGGCGAUCUCAAUGUAAGUAAAGUCUCACAUGGAGCAUUAGCUAAAACCUAAACAGGAACACCUUAUUAUGCAAGUCCAGAAGUAUGGAGAGAUUAACCUUAUUCUUCACCUUCUGAUAUCUGGUCUUUAGGGUGUGUCAUAUAUGAAAUGGCUACUUUAAAGCCUCCUUUCAGAGCAUAAGAUGUUUAAGCCUUAUUCAAAAAGGUAUCAUCGGGAGUUUAUGAAAAAAUACCAAAAUCAUAUUCCAAUUCUCUGAGCGCCAUGAUUAGUUAAUUACUCAAAGUACCAGCUCAUUUACGUCCAACAUGUGAUUAGAUCCUCUCUGAUCCAAAUGUUAAACCGUUUGUCGAAUAGUAUUGCUAAACACAACCAGGAAAUACUCAAGCAGAAUUACUUUAAACCAUUUAAUUACCAAAAAAUCUUAAAUAGUUAUAAGCCAAACUCCCUAAACCAACCUAUGAAACCAACAAAAAUGAAUAUGAUUCAAUCAAAAAUCCUCCCAAAUCUACACGAUCAGCAUCUGUAAAUGAGAGGAAAGGAUCUCCAAUUCAAACUCCUCAAAUUCCCAAAAAAGAUGUUUCCAAACCUCUUAUACCUCCUGGAUUAAAAAACAAUUAGUUACACAUCAAUCCACCUAUUCGUUAAUCUAGUUUAAAUAGACCCAGUUCUUCAGUUAAAAAUCUAAGUCCUGCUCCAAUCAGAAAGUCAGUUGAGAAACAGAGCCAAAAUACUUUAAAAAACAAAAGUCCUUCAACUAAACGAAUUUAUGAAAAUGAAAAUAUCGACAGAAGCAACAUAGGUUAAAGAAGAUCAUAUCAAAAUAUUAAGAAUUGA